GUGAGCUUCCAGUACUGUAUAAAGUAUUAAAACUACAGAGCAAGAAGGCAGACAUCGGUACAAUACAAGUCUCAUCGCUUGUGUUUACCUCGUCCAAUUUUGUGGCCUAUGCUGUCAAUAAAAAUCUACCAGUCAGUACAUGGGGUGAAGGCAUACUUCUGCUGACUCUGCACGUCAUCAUUGCCAAUUUGUUGUGCCUAAACUCCGGCAGACACAGGUACGCUGUUGUGUUUAUGGUGCUCUACGUCAUCGUUAUGGUGGUGCUGCUGUGGCCGCUGGUGUCUGACCAGGUUCUCAGUGGACUCAUGCUGCUCAACAUACCCAUCAACAUCUUCAGAAAGAGCAGACGAGUUUUUAACACUCAGAGCCAGAAGGGAGAAACAAGAUUCCCAAGCAGACGUUUCAUCUUCCUGACCAACUUCUGCUCGUUGGGCCGUCUUCUGACGACAAUGGCAGACACCACAGACCUUUUGUUCCACACAUACUCCAUCGUGGAUUGUGCAUUGAACAUUAUCCUUGCACUAGUAACCAUCAGUUCUUGGAUAAAAAGGAAUAAAUUGUCAAAAAACAGAGCAAGCCCAGCUGGAUAGAGAGGUGUUGAGUGUUCAGACAGUCCAUGAUUCUAACACUUCAAAACCAGAUGGACAGAGUCGGUGUUGAUGUUAUUCAAAGGGCUAAAACAGUUUACAUUACAUUUUAAGCCUAGGAUUUAUAACAGGCUUUUUUUAAUAAUUAAAAUAUGCUAAACUGUCCCUUCUUCCACAUUAGCAAAUAACAGUGUCUGACUAUAAACUUAAACUCAGCUUUGGAAGAUCUGAUUGGCCUACACUGCAGGAUAAACAUACACAUUUCAAUAUAUAGAACUACAUGCGUGAAUUACUAAAAAGGAGUAGAAACUAUCAACAAAGUCUGAAAGUCCUUCUAACUGACCUCCUCAUUAAAAGUUAUUCUAUCAUCUGUAAAUUAAAUUCCACUACCAUUGUUGUAGUAUGAUAAAUUGUGAAUUUAAAAAAAAAAUAAGCAAACCUUGAGAGUAAAGUUGCUGAGAUAGUGGAAUACAAUGUUCAAGAGAGAUAAAAAGAGAUACUGUUUGUUUACAUGUCUAGCUGUACAGAUAACAUAUCCAGCACUGAUACUACACCAUGUGCUGGUGACGUAAAUGCUCAAGUUUUUAUGUAACAAUCAAGUUUUUAUGUAACAAUCAAGUUUCUAUGUAACAGUGCUGAU